UCGUCGCCGCCUCGUUUUUGAACACCCGCACUCCGGUUUUAUAAGUCAUAUUGAAAAGGCCCGCCUUCCAUCGAAAUCCAUUCAACAAACAUGUCACGAGCAGCAAUGUGUUCCGCCGCCCUCAAGGCCCGCGUGAGACGGCCUUCUCUCUGGAACAAGCUCCACACCCCCGAGGAGCUACUCCACCACUUCCCUCCGGGAGCCUACAUCGGAUGGUCCGGUUUCACUGGUGUCGGCUACCCGAAGGUCCUCCCCAUCGCACUCGCCGACCACGUCGAGAAGAACAACCUCCAGGGCCAGAGUAAGUACUCGCUCUUCGUCGGUGCCUCGUCCGGCGCCGAGACCGAGAACCGAUGGGCCGCAUUGGACAUGAUCCACCGACGGGCACCCCACCAGGUUGGAAAGUCUAUCUCCAAGGGUAUCAACGAGGGACGGAUCAACUUCUUUGACAAGCACUUGUCCAUGUUCCCCGGUGACCUCCUCUACGGAUACUACACCAAGGACCGGCCAAACAACCGCCUCGACGUCGCCGUCAUUGAGGCUACCGCCAUCACCGAGGAUGGUGGUAUCAUCCCCGGUGCCUCGGUCGGCGCCUCCCCCGAGAUCAUCCAGAUGGCCGAGAAGAUCAUCAUCGAGGUUAACACCUUGACCCCCAACAUGGAGGGUCUGCAUGAUAUCGUCAUGGGCGAUCUCCCUCCCCACCGCAAGCCGUACCUGAUCAUGAGCACCGAGGACCGUAUCGGUACACGCCACAUCCCCGUCGACCCCGACAGGAUCGUCGCCAUCGUCGAGUCCCGUCUUCCUGACAUGACCAACGACAACGCGCCCGAGGAUGCGACCUCGCAGGCCAUUGCCAGGAACCUGAUCGAGUUCCUCAAGGGUGAGGUCCAGGCCAAGCGCCUGCCCAGCUCCCUCCUACCCCUGCAGUCCGGAAUCGGCAACAUCGCCAACGCCGUCAUCGGCGGGCUCGCCAAGGGUGACAACGACUUCCACAACCUGACGGUGUGGACCGAGGUGCUCCAGGACUCGUUCCUGGACCUGUUCGACUCCGGUGUCCUCGACUUCGCCACCGCGACGUCGAUCCGCUUCUCUCCCGACGGGUUCAAGCGCUUCUACCGCGACUGGGACAAUUACUACAACAAGCUGAUCCUGCGUCCGCAGACGGUGUCGAACCACCCGGAGAUCAUCCGCCGCCUCGGAGUUAUCGGCAUGAACACCCCCGUCGAGGUCGACAUCUACGGCCACGCCAACUCCACCUGCGUCAACGGCUCCCGCAUGCUCAACGGCCUCGGCGGAUCCGCCGACUUCCUGCGCAGCGCUAAGAUCUCGAUCAUGCACACGCCCUCCAGCCGCCCCACCAAGACCGACCCGCACGGAAUCUCCUGCGUCGUCCCCAUGGCCUCGCACGUCGACCAGACCGAGCACGACAUCGAUCUCUUCGUAACGGAACAGGGUUUCGCCGACGUCCGCGGCCUCUCCCCCCGCGAGCGUGCCCGUGUCAUCAUCGACCGCUGCGCCCACCCAGAGUACAAGCCCAUGCUCCUCGACUACUUCAACACCGCGGAGCAGAUCUGCCUGCGCAAGGGCGCUGGCCACGAGCCCCACAUGCUCAAGAACGUCUUUGCUAUGCACACGGCGCUCGAGGAGACCGGAAGCAUGAAGAAUGCUAACUGGAGAUAAAUAAAACGGGGUGAUGUGUGGGGAUGGUGAUGUGUGGGGAUGGUGAUGAGUGGGGGAGUGGGAGUGGG